GUUACGUCACUGACAAUGACAGAAAUAUAAUCAAUCUUAAACCUCUGUAAAAUAAAGAUCGGUACUCGUGUUAAUUAAAAACCUAUACAUAGUUAAGAACCGGGUACCACAAUGGGCGAUACUGUCACGUUUGGGCCCGAGGGCGACCGGUGGCUCUAUAACCGCAGCACCAAAACUUACGACCUCACGCGCGGAAAACACACCCAGGGGUUUACAAUCCAAACGACACAAGGACCGCCUGGGACUUCGUUCACUGUAGAUCCCGAGAAGACAGCACUGAUCGUCGUGGAUAUGCAGAACACCUUCCUCCAUAACAAGUGCCGCGAUCAUCCCACGGGCCUAGCGACGGUCGAACCGACCUUGACGUUGAUCCACAAGUGUCGAAAGUUGGGCAUCCAGGUCAUCUGGCUCAACUGGGGCCUCACAGAAGAGGACCUGGCCAGCAUGCCGGCGGUGGUAUCGCGCUCCUUCGCGCGGUCGCUCGUCGAGCCGUCGCACCCCGUCCGGCGCCUCGGCUUCGGCGCUGACCUCGGAGACGGCAUGGGGCGCACGCUGAUGGCGGGCGAGUGGAACUCGGCGCUGUACGCGCCGCUCGCGGCCGCCGUGAACUCGCUGGACAAACACCUGCCCAAGAACCGCAUGUCCGGGCUCUGGAACGAGCAGACGCCGCUGUGGCGCUACCUCAUGCAGAGCGGGCACAGGACACUCAUGUUCGCCGGGGUGAACACGGACCAGUGCGUCUUGGGGACCCUGACCAACGCGUACAAUGCGGGCUGGGACUGCGUCAUGGUGGAGGAUUGUUGCGCGACUACGACGGACGGGGGGCAUGAUGUCUGUGUGCACAACGUUGCGGGGUCGUACGGUUUUGUGAUUGAUAGCAAGUCGUUCACGGCUGGCAAGUCGGCGUAGUCUAUUGUGGGGUUUCAGCACCUAUGCGAUGAGACAUUUUAAUAGAUGAAGUAAUGAUACGAUCAGCAACAACCAACCAUCCCAUGGCGUCGAAGCGGCACAGGAGCAUAACCAGAACAGAAGUAUUGUACACACAUUAUGUUCGAAUACUUACAAGCCCUAGAAUACAUGGUGGUACGUGCAUGAUGAUUGCUUCUGAUCACAUCAUUUUAAGAACGACUAGUGUGUGAAAACACGCCAUGUACUUUCAGGACCUUUUUAUCC